ACACCUUCAGUUGCUCUUCUUCAACGCUUCGACCUUCUUAAAUCUCUUCGGAUCUAAAUUUCCGACAGUCUUUGAGGGGAAGUCAACUGAGGACGUCAAUUCAACUGCAGUGGUCGCUGACACAACACACGAGUCAAUACGGGUUUGGAACUUGGUCGUGUCAUUUUUACUACAUCUUCUCGUCAUAAUAAGAACCAUACAUAAAUUCUAAAUGUGUAGUUUAUAAAAAAAGAAGAAACAACCGUUCUCGAUACCACGAGGGUUUGGUGUGAACUUUUUUCGUCGAAAAUUACCCUAAUUUGUGGAAUUGGAUUUUCUAUCACUCGCAAAAACUUGACGACCUACCACUACAAUUCACUUCAGUCAAUCACUCUGGUACUCAAAAUAAGAAGAUGACGUUCCCGAAAGGAUUGUUGAACUUGGCCCUAUUGUGCUGUGGGCUGUUGGGAUUUACUGCAGUUCAUGGAUUAACAGUAAAAGCCAAAGGGAAAGCAUUUCCCCUGAGAACAAGUUUAACUGGCUUUGAGAAAUUGUCAGAUUUGGACUAUAGGGGAAAUACUUACUACUCGAUAAGGAAUCUAUCGCUACACGAAUGUCAAGGAUGGUGCCGUCAGGAGCCGGAAUGUGCUGCAGCAGCGUUCAGUUUCGUUGUGAACCCGUUAGCCCCGAUCCAAGAGACGCUGUGUCUCUUACAGAAUGACACAACAGCUCACAACCCCAGUGCCGUCCCCCAGAAGGCAGCCUCGAUGUAUUACAUGGUCAAACUGCAUAUCCGAUCAGAGAAAGUCUGCUCUCGCCCAUGGACAUUCGAGCGAGUGCCCAACAAGAUGCUCAAGAACUUUGACAACUCAUUGAUUUUCACUUCCACCAAAGAAGCUUGCCUUGCAGCCUGUCUUAAUGAGCGCCGAUUUACAUGCCGAUCCGCCGAGUACAACUACGUCACUCUUCAAUGCCACUUAUCAGAGGAGGAUCGUCGAACCGCACCAGAAUCUUCAUUCGUAGAUGCCACUGGAGUUGACUAUUUUGAGAAUUUGUGCCUUCAGGGAAACACUACGUGCAAGUCGAAAAAGACGUUUUCCGAACCCAAGCUUGGAGUCCCCAUCGAUCGAGUAUCUCACUAUGUUGGUCUCCACUACUAUGUCGAUAAGGAAAUGCAGGUUUCUGGUCUGGCUGGGUGUAAAAGAGCUUGUGAAGUAGAGGACGAAUUUUUGUGCCGCUCUUUCCUCUUCAAGGCGUCCGUGCCUACUGGGAGCUACAAUUGCCAACUUUACCAUAUGGAUCAUCACACUCUUCCUGAUGGACCAGCCACUUAUCUCAACACAGAGAGACCACUUUUGGAUAAUGGCACUCCCAUCGGUCAAUAUCAGGAGAAUCAGUGUGAUGAGUCCACGAACAAGGUAGGAGAUCCGCUUCCUCUGGAAAUGGAGCCGAAUCCAGGAACCUUCAAACCCGUCCAAGACUUUGACAAAGAAGAUGCGGAUUGCGAUUAUACUGGAACAUGCUACGACGUCCAAGUUCAGUGCAAGGAUACCAGAAUCGCUGUUCAAGUGAGAACAAACAAGCCAUUCAAUGGGCGAGUAUAUGCAUUGGGACGCUCAGAAACUUGCAACGUUGAUGUCAUCGAUUCCGACGUCUUUAGACUAGAUCUUAGUCUCUCUGGACAAGACUGCAACACUCAAUCUGUGGGUGGAGUUUACACGAACACGGUUGUUCUGCAACAUCAUUCUGUGGUAAUGACAAAGGCUGACAAAAUCUACAAAGUCAAGUGCACAUACGAUAUUAGCUCCCGAAACAUAACGUUCGGAAUGAUGCCGAUUCGUGAUCCCGACACAAUUUCGAUUACAUCCGCCCCAGAAGCUCCUCCACCAAAGAUCAGGAUUCAGGACGCUUUCGGGAAAGAAGUGGAAACCGUGCGAAUUGGAGAUCGUCUCACCUUUCUCAUCGAAAUCCCAAACAAUACUCCUUAUGGAAUAUUUGCACGAAGCUGCAUUGCAAUGGCCAAGGACUCACGAUCCACAUUUAACAUCAUUGACGAUGAUGGAUGCCCCGUUGAACCAACAAUUUUCCCGAAAUUUUCCCAGUCUGGUCAAUCUCAACUCAUUGCGGAAUACGAGGCUUUUCGAUUCACUGAAAGUUAUGGAGUCAUUUUCCAAUGCAACGUCAAAUACUGUUUGGGACCAUGUCCUGCAGCCGAGUGUACCUAUAAUCGAGAGAAGUUUGACUCUUAUGGCAGAAGGAAACGCCGUGCCAUUGACGAAGACAGGAGCAACGCCAUUGCUGGUCCCAAUGCCACCAAUGCAGAUUUGACCCUGAGCCAAGAAAUUCUAGUACUUGACUUCAAUGAAGAACUUCCCAGCAACGUUCCAAAGUACUCCAUGCCCAACGAUCCCCUGGACUCCAACUACAUCGAGCCCAACCCCACCUUCAGCAGCAGCAAUAAUAACAAUUACAACCACAACCGUCGAUCCUCCCACAGUCACAACCGAGAGGCCUUCGGACCCAACUACGAACGAGAGUACGAAGGAGGAGAAAGUUCUUGUCCCACCAGAAACUCUGUCCUCGUUCUGUCCGUCGUCUGCGGAAUGCUUCUCCUCCUCUACAUCGCAUCCGCCGUCUGCUUCAUGGCCAAAAGUCGCCCCUGGAGAAGUUCUUCAAUGGGUCAUAGUCACCACAAGCACAUAAUUCAAUAAUGACGUUUCUCUCUAAGCUAAAUCUUAGGACGUAGAUCUAUUCAUUGGAAAUUUUGUGGGCCAUUUAUAUGAAUUACAUACAUACAUACGAUUUGGGGGGUUUAUACUAAUCUCAUUUGAUCUGUGGAAGGAGAGUGAGUUUAAUUUAUGUUAACUUACAAUGACUCUCACUCUUUUAGUGAUAACUAUUUAUAAAGAAAACACAGGACAGCGACCGAAAAGAAGAAUCUGUACAAAGACAGUAAUGAACAAUGUAGAUUAGAAUAUUUCAUGAAAAACUACACAUAAAUACUUACUUGUAUAUGGGCGAUACUAACAAGCUACCUGCAAAAUUACUCAUUUAACUUUAAAUUUUAUUGGAAACCCACCUAACUUUAUACGUAAAUCAAGACAGUGAGUCUGCUGAAAUUUAAGUAAUGUGCUAACUUUUGUUGUUAUUCAAGUAUGUAUGUAGUUGGUGUUGGGUAGUUUACUUAUUUAUUGGGUCACACUUAUCAUUACGUAGUUAUUAGUUAGAUUAAUGUGCUGCUGAAAUGUUCAUGUGCCUCGUCCGUAAAGGGUGGGCCGGAACGAGCAUGCAGAGUCACACGUACCUACUCAAUGUACCUGAUGAAGUGAAAGUUGGUGAAUUCCCAGCAAAUAGUGGGUUUCCCGUUAACAUGGGUCUCUGGAUUAAUAAUCAUGGGGUAUUGUAGUUAUUAUUAUAGUUCACCAAAGCGAGAGGUGGGUGAUCUACCACCAAUAGUUCUAGGAUUUGUUGAUCGGUUUGGUGCAUGUAUUUAUUUAUUAUUUAUUGUUAGUAUUAACUGAAUGAGUGGGAGUUACCAAAUUACGGGGUAGACUGGAAAGGAAGCAGCUUUAAUUUUUGACAUGUAUAAUUUAGACCGAGACCGGAAUCAAUACCUGUUGUUUUGGUUUUUUAUCCUGACUAGCUAGACUUCGACUGCCACUAAAAAAAGUGUAAAAACAAUUUACAAAACAGUUGACUGAAAAACACAAGUAUUUAUCUACAAACAUACAGAAUGAUUAUUGGGCUACUACAAAGUGACGACUUUUUAUCGUGGUGUGGUGCCUAAUAAUAAAACACCAUGAUCCAAAGAACGCAUACUGUGAAACAUUUAAUUAACUUGUAUUUGUUACUACUAUUACUAAGUAUGUUAGCAUUUUUGUACUGUUAUUAACUUAUUAUGACUCCGUAUGCAAUAAAAGACGAAGGAAAACAUAA